AUGCCAUAUUCCACAAAAUCAUUAAAUGUUGAUUCAAUGAUUCAAAAUUCAUCUUCUUUCUCAAACGUUGUUUUGUUGUCUGAUAGAAAUAAUAGAACUUCGAUUGUCAAUGUCACAGGCGGUAAUUAG